CUGUUCCCGCGAGAGGUGCCGGUUACCGGGGGAACGGGAGGACGCUGAACCGGGGACUAAGGGAGCAUCACCCAGCUGUCUACCGGGGCCGGCCUGCGGGAUAGGAUGUGCGGCCAGGACACGGGUGAGAAGCGGAUGGCGUAGGAUAACACAUUACAUGUGGAUAUCAUGGCUCUUGUUGGAGAAAUUCAUGUUGUUCCCAGUGGCAGAGUCUACAGACAGAUCUUUGAUGCAGAGGUCCAGCUGGUCCGGUCUCUCGGCGAGGCGCGGGCCCGGGUCACACAGCAUGAACUGGGGUUAGACAGUGGAAAGAUUCCUCUUAUCAGAAAUGAGGACAGCCGCUCAGCUGGACUGUUGUCUCACCGCCAGCGUCUGUGGGUGGACAGCAUGCCAUAUGACUGCUUUACAGAGAACCCGCUGGCAUACAGGGAGAAAACUGCAUCAUCUCUAAGGAAAGUGAAGGAGAGUGAGGAUGUGGUCGCAGCCAGAGAAGUCAGAGGCCUUUGUGAUAUUAUCGUUCCUGAGAAGAAAGACAGCGAUAUCCUGGAGCGGAUCACCUCUAAUAGACAAGAGCGGCAUAACAGCACAGUCUCCGGCCUGCAGAAUGAACUGGCUACCAUUAGCAAGGAAAUGGAGACCUUGGUCUUGGAGGUGGGGAAGGUUCAUCAGGAAAAGAUCUCCGUGUCCGAUAAGAAGACCGAGCUUUUAUUCCUGCAGUAUGAGGACAGGAGCGACAACAGAACUCUCCCAAUGACACGUCUAAAUCAACUUUGGGAUGAAGUGGGUGAAGAAUCCAGUCACAGACGUCAGUGGAUUAGAGACACAGAGAAGACCUUAUUUGAGCUGGAAGAAAAGCGAGCAAGCCAGAUUGCAGAAGUGCUGAAGAGAUUCACGACCCUGUUGAAGGACAUUUGUUAUUUCAUGCCCCCUGAUGUGCACCGGUUUAUACACAAGGAAGCCAUGAUGAUAAAUCAGGCCAUACUAGCCAAUCACCGCUCUAUCGCCAAGCUGUCCCUUAAUCUGAUGGAGGCUGAACUAAAGAGGGAGGGGUCACAGCGCCUCCGGUGGCAGGAUCUGGUAAAGGCUUGGAAAUGCUAUCAAAAAGAAAUCAUCCUGCAGGAAUUCAGAGAGUUUGCAGAGAACGAGAGGGACCAGAUGCCGGCAGAAGUGGGAGGAGCGUCUGAUCUGCAGAUGGCUGUGUGCUGUCCUAUCGGGGACGAGAGGCUUCAGCGUCUGCGCUCCGUCAGCGAUUUUGUGCCCCCGACCUGCACCAAAGCAGCCGUGACUGAAUGGCACAGGUCUCUCCAGGCCCUAAACAAGCAGAUUGACGCGGUAAGCGCGCAGUUCUUAGACAAGCUCCAUAGCUUGCAGCAGGACGCCAUCCAGAGGUGUAUAACGGAGGCAAAGAGGAGUAAGGCUCAGCUGUUGAAUUUGGACGUUUGCACACAGGAGGAGGCUGAGAUUAUAAUGAUGCAGGAACUGUCCCCGGUUAUUGAACAUUUCCACAUCAGAUAUGACCAAGAACAGCAGCUGCUCAGUGAGAAUCUGAAGACUGCAUCAAAGCAGACGGCCAGACUUAUCAAUAUGUUAUUUAAAUUCUGCAAGAAAGCCGUGCACUUGUGGGAGGUGUUGGGAAUGGGACUCUCUCAGCAAGAGAAACUCCUGCAGGAGAAACUUGAUAACUGCCAUCGGAAGCACGAUGCAGAGAACCAGGCAAAGGAAGGUAAUCUGGACAUCAUUCUCGACACUAUGAGGCAGGAGAGCACCAAGGAACAGUUGCGUGUCCUUAUGGGAAAGGCGCAGGCGUGUUUACAAGACAUCAAAGCCGGAUACAAGAAACUUCAUGAAAAGCAAGUGACUAUUAGUGAAUCCUAUCCUGCCAUGGUCCUGGCUGAAUUAUUGGCUUACAGUUCAUCCGUCAGCAGAUUCUUCAGUUGUAAAGAAGUGUAUGGACAGGAUUUGCCGAUAAAAUUAGAAGACUCUGACGGUAAAGAUACUAUAAGCUCUGAAUCCAUAUCCCAAGAACCUACAAACGUUCCAGUUAGAGAUGGUCUUACAUCAAGAUCAGCAGAGUCCUCACAAGUCAUAGACAACAACACUGGUCUCUCCCAGGAUCCCACUGCAGUAAAUAUUGCUGCAAAUUUGCUUCAAUCCCCUGAAAUAGAGACUACAGGGAACAUUGAUGGAGGAAAUACGGUUGAAGAACCUCUCCAACAGUCACCUGACCUCAACCAUGUGGAUUGUGAAAAUAAUGAGAUGUUUGAGUCACAGCGUCUUGAAGUUCCAGAGAGCCGUGCUAGCGUGCAGUAUGUGAUUAGAUCUCCGGUAGAGGAAAGCCCUAUGGACCCCUUCAUACUUGAGAGCUUCACAACCAGCAAAGGCAAUACAUACACAGUCCUUCUAGAUAGCAAAACCCUCAGUUCCAAGUCCUCUUUGGAAGAUGAGUCCACGGCUGACAAUGUCUUCUUCACCGAGACAGUUGUAGAAGAUGAAAGUCCCUGGAAUCUGAAUGUAAUGGUUGUGUCGGAGGAGUUGAUUGCUGAACUGAAGAAAAGACUCCGCCUGGGGUUCUAUGAGCACCUGGAAAGCUGGUUUGAAGAAACAGUGUCCAAUUCCAAAACUGUUGUCCUUGCCAAGAAGGAGAAACUGAAAUCCGAGUUGGACCUACGCUACCACCUCCACGAGCCUCGGAGCCAGCGCAUAGAGAUGGACAUCCACAACGUCAGAGCAGCCGAGUUGCUCCUCCACUCCGAGCGUGUUGACUGUCACUGUGAGGGGGUAAAACAAGCAUUAAACAACCUGAAGGAAGAGAGCGCUUCACUCAUCACCAAGAUGAAAACGGAGACUGACAACUUCCGCAGAAAGAUCAGCGCCAUGGAAAGUACAUUCCUGAACACCAACAAGUCAGAGAAACUGGUGACUCUGUGCAGCUCCCUCCCCUCCAUCUUGGAUAGUCAUGUUAGUGGCGUGCAAACCGCCAUGAGGUCCUACAGACAACACGUGGAGGAGAUGCUGGGAAAGUUGUGCGACACCAACUCGGAUUUCAUCAAAUCGUUUCGGUUGUUCUCAGAGGGCGGAAACUUUUCUCCUGCUGAGAUAGAGAAUAUUCGCAAGAGACUACACAAAGCAUCAGCCACCAUCACCUCCUUCGAGGGGUCCAUCAUGGUUGAUCUGGAGGGACUGGAAUCACAGUGCUUAGAGCAGGCCACAGAGGUUGUAAAAAAGUAUGAAGACAGAUUCCUCAGUUUAACUGCAGACGCGAUUUUCCUGGAGAAUAUUCAGAAACUGCUGACUAAUCUGCAGGUGAAGCUGAAAGCGCUGGUUGUGACCAGCAAUUCUCAGUCUCAGCAGAUAAACUGUUACCUGGAACAGCUUCGGAUGAAGACUGAUGCCUGUGCUUAUCCCAACAUGGAUAAAGAGGCUGUGACCAGUGAGGAGCUGUAUGUCUUUGUACAAACCGUCAUGGAAGACACAAGGAAACGAGGUCAUUAUCUGUCAUGUCUCCUGGAGCCCUGUCCAGUUCUAUCUGAAGCCCCAUUACAGGGCCCUAUAGCAACAGCAUCCCGUGCCGAUGCUCCAUUGCUACAGGAGAACAAAGUCACAUUUGGGACACCGGACAACCUACUAAGCCCAAGCAGAACUGGGAAACUGGUUCUAGAUGAUGCAGCCGUGAUUGUGAUCAAGAACAUCAUGAAGGCGCAGCAAGCGUAUGGGGAAUCUCAUCAGGAGCCUGAAGAUGGAAGCCCACAGCAGCCGCCUGCGGCAGUAUCAGAUCAGAGUCUUCCCAUAGUGCCGCGUCCGCCAUCAGAGCCGAGUAGUGGAAAUAAACACGUCCGGAAGCUGGUGAAACCCUGCAGGAUGGAUAAGAAAUACCUGGUUUUCGGAGAGAAGAAAGUGGAAUCUGAUCACUUUAAGGGGAUCCUGACGUCCGUUCUCUGGGAGAGCAGUGACCACCUACUGUACCUGGCUGAGGAAUUCUAUAAGAAGAAGGAGCGACGCUCCAUAGGACGCCCGGACUUACUCCAGGAAACCUUUGAGGACUGCGCUGACACGUUAGUGCUGAAGCUUCAGUCAUACGAGAAACAGGCCUUGGACUAUUACAACAAUUGUCUGUUGGAGUUCCGGGAGCAGCUGGAGCAGCUGGAAGGACUGAUGAGCGACGUUCCGCCACUUGUGAUAGAGGCCCAGAGGCGGCAGUACUUGGACACAAUGCACGCCAGCAUCCAGCAAUCACAGCUGCUCUUCAGGAAGGACCUUGCCGAGUGGGAAGUAGAAAAGGAGGAGAUGAGGAACCUGCUGAGGCCCAGCCUGGGACACCCAGAUAACCGCCGGGCUCUAGAUGAGAUCUGCCAGCAGGAGGAGAGGCGGCAGAGGGAGGAGACGGAGGGGAUUGAUCGUAAUGCCAAACACUUACAGGGCUGCAUUUUGGAGAGUACCCAGCGUUUCACCGCGGCACUCGCAUCCCUCACGGAGAACAUGCUGCUGGACCUGGAUGAAACCCUCACCGUGGAUGACGUCAUACCAGCCAAGACUGAGAUCCCGAAACCGAAGCUGUCCACCUUGAUCAGACGCAAGCAAGCCGGACUCCCCUUGGAAGACACAGAGCGCCUGUCACUGGUUGUGCGGGGUAGCAGGGUCUGGCCAGGGAUAUCACUUAAGGGUUCUGCGGACAACGAGAGCAGAGAACCAUCUGGUUGCCUGGCAACUGCAUCCGUAACCACCGCUAAGACCACCUUGGGCCACGUCUCCACGCUGGAAGCCCGGGAUAUUGCUUACACGAAAUAUCUGCAGGACUCGGGGAUGGCGCUGACCAGUGUCCGGGAGGAGCGGACGCAGCAACAGCUGGUAGCUCAGCGCUGGAAGGAGUGGUGGAGUCAGUCCGUGCUGAAGAUAAAGGAGUUGUAUUCAUGAAGCUUUAUACAACGCUUUGUAAUCUCUAAUAACUCGCUUAGAGGGCUUAAUUCAGAUCUGAUCGCAGCAGCAAAUUUGUUAGCUAA